UAGAAUAAACGCCACAUAUUCAUUUCCUAGUACUGUACAGUAUUGUCGAUUAUAUUCAUAGAAAUAGACCUACAGCGAUUACGUUGUCGUUUCAGUAUUUUUCAAAAUGGAUUCUCCAAUUUUGAAUAUGAGCACUCUGUCGCACUGCUUGCAACAUGUACAGAUCUAGUCUGGCAGAAAAGCGUUGAAAUCCGCAUUUUGAUGACAGUGAUAAUUUUAGUAGGCCUAACUGCUGCUAAAAUGCCAACCGACGACGUCUUGUGAGCAUUGCAAUACAUUACAAAAGAAAUGAACAACAACGGACAGCCUUUCCUGCAGUAAUUCAUUCUGAUGAAUGCGGGCAAAUACCGAUGACACCUUUAAAUCACAUUAUUGUCGAAUAGAUGCGAUGAAUACGGACGAAUUAUAAACCGAAUAUUGAGUGAAUUUAGUUCCUGCAAUAAUUCAUUCUGUUAAAUGCGGGCAAAUACCGAUGAAACCUUUGAAACACAAUAUUGUCGAAUAAAUACGGCGAAUACAGACGAAUUAUAAACCGAAUAUUGACUGAAUUUAUGUGUAGGCUAGCUGCCGCAAUCUCUUAGUCAAUCCCAUGCCAACAGACGGCGGAUUGAAGUCAUGGAAUCAAGAAAGACAGUGAACAAGUUGUCUUUAUCAGAGCACCUCAGAAAUAGUAGUGUAGAAGGUGUCACAGACUUUCGAUCGUUGCCGGCAACUCUUAGUAAUCCUAACAGUCUAAACGACGAGGAACUAGCGUCAGUGCCCAUCGUGUCAACAAAUCUAAAAGACGCGUUCUUAGAUAAGAUUUGCUUUAGGAAUGUGUCGUCGUUAGAUAGAUGGAAGACGUUCUCUGGACUAGACCCAAAGCAAAAUGUGCCUGACAAACAGAGAGAUGCGUUUCAUGAGGAUCAAGAUAGUAUUUCAUCUGGCCAAACCACAGACGGCAUAGACUCUUAUGAUGAAGACCUGGAAUCAGACAAUGCAGAAACUUGCAUAAAAGAUAACACUACUAUUUCUAAUGAAGGAGAAAAUCAUAAAGUGGACGAGAACAACGAGUCAAUCCACAGUAUCGAAAUGCAAAUAGAAGAUCUUCCUAGGAUCAAACUUGGCUCAUUUCCUUCAAAACAGCCAAGUGCAUUUGAAAUGAGACAGGACAAAUGUAUACACCACAAAAACGAAAUUCAGAUUAGAAAUGUUGCUUCUACUGCUGGAAAAGAAUCUAGUGGAGAUGAAUGCGCAACAUGUGGAAAACAAGAUGUCGUUUUAAUUGAUAAUAAAUGUGAUAAUGUUCGAUGCCAGCCGUUUGAUGAAAAAUGCAAUGACGAUUCUGACAUCAAGGCACAAGAACGGAAGGAUCAUCAACCACGUGUAGUGAAAGAAAUCAAAACAUCAGACAAAGAUCUGUCGAAAAUUAAUCCAAAUUUCCAAGAAUCACGAUUCAAACAAUCUGUCAAGCAAGAAGAUGAGAAAAAUGUCUCAAAGGAAUUUGAGGACGAUUCCGAAAAAUCAGAGCACCAUUAUCGACGACGACAGGAUUCUUUGCUCAGAGAUAACAAAACUUUUGCAGGAAGUAAAUGUGUUGUAUGUGGCGUACAGGACGCCACUUUACCCUGCGACACAUGUGAAGAUGCCAGGUGUGAAACAUGUGACAUCAAAUGGCAUAACCAUUCCGGAAGAAAGAUGUACCAACGAAAAGAUCAGAUGAAUUCACUCAGUGUGAUACAAAUGCAUACUAAAGAGUUACCAAACAUCAGAUUACAUCAAAUGACCCAAGAACUUGGAAAUAACGACCAGCCUAGUACAAAGAAAGAUGAGAAAAAACACCAAGGAGAUUUAAGUCAAUUUCAAGUUCAACCCAAACGCCCGUUAAUGAAAAGUGAUGAAGAUGUACAGGACAAUAAGCCUAUAGAUGACAAAUGCGUAAUCUGUGGAAUAAAAGACGCCAUUAUUCAUUGUGAAGUAUGUGGAGAUUCCAAAUGCGAAACAUGUGAUAUGAAAUGGCAUACCCAUUCCGAAAGAAAGAUGCACCAACGAAAAGAUAAGCCGAAUGUAAUAACAAUGCAAAUACAAGACCUACCAAAUAUUAGAGUUAAUCCAAGUUGUCAAAAAGCAUUGUUCAACCAAUCUGGAAACCAGGAAAGUGAGGCAAUUACCCCAAAAGAAUUGGAUACUUCUGAAAAUAUAAGAAGCCCACAAAAUAUAAAAGUAGUGAAGUCCGAUAAUAGUGACAGUGUUUUUCAAGAUAAAUGUGCGGCAUGUGGAAUAAAGGAUGCCAUUGUCAGUUGUAAUACAUGUGGCGAUGCUCGAUGUCAACCUUGUGACGUGAAAUGGCAUACUCAUGUUGGAAGGGAGAAGCACCAACGAAGUUCUCAGCCGAAUUUAGAGAACAAAAUAAUAAUGCGUGUAACUGAACUUCCAAAUAUUAUAGUUCAUCCAAGUUUUUCUGAGAAACCACUGGUCAGCAAAACAAAACGAGGUAUGUGCAUGACUUGUGGAAUGGAAGAGGCUACUUUCAUAUUUGAUAUAUAUGGAGAUGCACGAUGCCAACAAUGUGACGUCAAGUUGCAUUCCCACUCCUCAAGGAAUACUCAUUUACCGAGCAGACAACCGGUGAUGUCUAUCAAUAUCGAACAUACUGGAAGCAAUUCUCAGUUUGAAGGAUCAGCUAUUUCAAGAUCUUACGUUAAGAGCGAAGAUAUACCCGCAUUUUCAAAGAAACAAUCAGAAGCUUUGCAAAGUAAACCAGCAUACCCAGGCCAUGAAUCAAAAGCAGUUGGAAAGCUAGAAAGAAAUCAAUUUACAGAAAAAAAAGAUCCAUGUGUUCUCUGUGGUGUUGAAGAUGCAACUGUCCCGUGUGCCGAGUGUGGUGACGCACGUUGCGUCCAAUGUGACGAAAAAUGGCAUCGUCAUAAAAAGAGGAACAAACACCAACGGAACCAGGAUCCAGCUUCUUCAGACAGUGGCAGUUUGCCCAGAAACCAGUCGCAUGUUGAACUAAAAACAAAAAAAAUUGACUUACCUACCAAUAAGCAAAAUCAACAAGAACCUGACAAUGCAGAAAAUAAACCGCUAAGAGAUAAAUGCGUAACUUGUAAACUAAAAGACGCGAUCAUCGAAUGUGAUGACUGUGAAGAUGCCCGCUGUCAGUCAUGUCACCUAAAAUGGCAUAGUCACUCAAACACAAGUAUGCAUCGAAGAAAAGAUGGCAUCAAUUUGGAGAAUAAUAUUCAAAAGCACAUCAAGAUAUUUGAUAUGAAAUUUGAUGCACCUCAUAUGGAUUAUGAAGGAAAUGUAACUGAUGAAAAACCAAAGCCUGAGGCAAAACCUACGGAGAAAAAACAACCCUGUGUUCUAUGUGGUGUUGAGGACGCGAUUAUACCAUGUGAUGAGUGUGGAGACGCACGUUGUGUCCAAUGUGAUACCAAGUGGCAUCGUCACAAAAAGAGGGACAAGCAUAAGCGGAACCAGGUAGUAGUUUCAACAGACAGCAUUGGUAGCAGUAGCAGUAGCAGCAGCAGUGACAGCACAUGCAGCCCACCGUUAAGAGGCGCAUUGCCUAGCAGGCACACUGGAUUGCGAAGAAAUGAUCAGACAAAUCACGUAAAAUCACACGGGGACUUCGAGGUUGUUAAUAAUAUACCAGCAUCAGGACACUCCAAAGGAAGCUUGAAAAAUGAAAUUUACCCGCAAACAAAAUCAGAUAAAACUAAAAGACAACAUCAACAACUAAGCCAAUCAAAUCAAAAUCAUGAAAUUAUAAUGAAUAUCAAAAAUCUACCCAUGAUCAGAGAUGACUCGCGCCCACACACAUCACCAGCUCAGUCAAGGAAAUGUGUUCGUGACAGGCCAAAAGAGGAUUUAACAAAGGUAGAAAAAGAACUUUGUGUUCUUUGCGGUGUUGAGGAUGUAGCUGUACCGUGUGACGAAUGUGGUGACGCGCGUUGCAUCCAAUGUGACGUCAAAUGGCAUCGUCAUAAGAAGAGGAAUACACAUAAACGAAAUCAUGCAGUAGAAUCAACUUGUAUCCCCAAAAAGUCACAUGAAGAAGAUUUAAAGUUUGAAAGAAGCAUAGAUGAGCAACGAAAUUGCCGCCAGACCAUCAAUUUAAUUGCAAGCGAGAAAAACGACUUUAGUGAUCAAGGACUUGGGGAAGAUAUUGAGUUGUGCGCCCUAUGUGGCCAGGUGGAUGGAACUAUAGAAUGUAUAGAAUGUAAAGAUUCUCGUUGUGCACCAUGUGACAAAAAAUGGCAUAGUAAUGCUAAGAGAAAGAUGCAUCAAAGGAGAGCGUCUGAUAUUCUCGAAGAAAUUGUAGAACAAGAUAUUGACCCGAAUAGUCCCCCAAAGACUAGUAGGCCUAAUAACAUUGAGUUUUCCAAUGAGAGUAGAGAUAUCAACAGUGGAACUUACCUUAAAAAAAUUCCCGUACAGGGAGCAAGUUCUGUUGAGCGCACGGACAUAAAUGCGUUUCCAUCUAACAAAGAAGAACCACUAAAGGAUCUUCUUGAAAACUACGAAUCACCGGCUCAUGUGGGUGAUGCCGACGUGCAAUUAUCCAUUCCACUGGAUAAAAGUUUUAACAAUGCAGCUCAGACAUUGAAAUCAAAGAAUGAAAAUAUUUCUAAAGAACUAAACUCAAUUCAAAUUAAAUUAGACGCAAUGGACAGGGAGCAUUAUACUGAAGAAUAUGACGCGUUAGUGACAAAAAAAUCGGAAUUAUUACAAAAGCAGAAAAUGCUCAUGGUGCGAAUGAAAGCUAUUGAGGCGAUCGAGAUUACCAAUAGCCGACAGGGGCGCACGACAUCUUUGCUGCAAGGGGAACUCAUCUCACUUGGAAUGCACGAUCACUCUUCUGAACAGUUCUCCCGAAAGAAGCCUGGUGCGUUUAGUAAAAGUUUAUCGGCACAUACUCACCAAAUUGUAGAUGAUGACAUUUUUGCUGACGGGCCCAGUGAACAUGAAAACGUGCCAGAACAACAAGGUAUAGUCCUUAAUCAAGAUGAUGACAAGCAUAUGAUACAGGAAGCAAAAAGGAGAGGAUUCACUACAGAUGAUAUACACAUUGCCAAAGCGCAGUGUGAAAUAUUUGGCGGGAAUUUUCUUCAUUGGCUAGAACUCAACUAUAAGGAGUUUAUUGCCAGUGUACGUGCAUCAGCAACCAGAGAUCUGCAUCGAUUGAUACCAUCUGUAAAAAUUGCAGAGUCAUCAGUCAUUCGUGCACUAGUGAAGCAUCGAGGUGAUGUUAGAAAGGCUACAAGUACUUGUGUUCGCAAAGUCGAGGCUCAGAUAUGUGAAAUCCAUCAACUGGGAUUAAGGAAAGAUACUGGAACCAAACUGACAAUGCAGGAGGUUGCUGAAUACCUUUUCAAAUGUAACGGGAAUGUAGAAAUGGUGAUGGAAAUGAUGAAGAAAGAUGGAAUAAAGAUUGACAUUACUGAAAAGGUCUGGAGAACAUAUGAUGAGCGUGAGAUAGCCCAUGUGUUGAUGCAGAAACCACGUAACUCGACCCAAAUACAGAGACGUAAACGUUUGAUAAUGGCUGAGUAUGGCUUGAACUGGGACGUUGCCUCUCGUAUUUUAGAUCAAAUUGAAGCAAAGAGAAUAACAAGAAUGAGCGACCGUGAAUACGAAAGAUGGAUACUAAACACACUAAACUUCAAAAUAUAGAGUAGAUUUUUACAAUUAUAAUUAUUAUAGUCCUUUUUAAAAACAACCCGUGCCAAACAUUUAAAGAUGAAAAAUGUCGAUCAGAAUUACUGAUGGCAAUGCAUUUAGGAGAAUCCCAAAUUUUAUCCUAGAAUUAACGUCGAUUACUGCAUUCAGUUUGAAAAAAUUCUUGUUACAGUUUCAUUUUUAAAAAAGUUUUAACUUUUUUUUUUUUUUAAAUUAAAGGGACUAUAACAAGUCUAUUCCUUGUGAGUUUGAAGAAUUUAUAAACGAGAGCUUUGUAAAACAAUAUUACUAAUCAGAUCAUAUUUCGUAUCUGAAUUUGUUUAAAAUCGUACCGGUAAUUGGUCCAGUAUUACUAAUAGGCCUAUUCACAAUCUUGAUAUCAAAACAUUAUUAUUAUAACAAACUUGCUUAAUUAACGUUAACAUGGGAAAGAAUGAAAUUGUAUUUCACAUGACCAUAAUAUUCUAUUAAUAAUUAUAGGCCUAUUGAUAAUAAUAAAUACGGUCAUAGUAAUAAUACAGGCCUAAUAAUAAAAUGACUGUGUUUGCCUAAAAAAAUAAUAAUAGUAUACAAGUCAUUAUGAAAUCGACUUGGUGUUAACUAUGUCACCAAGCACGCAGCUAAUCUCAUUUUUUUUUAUUUAGUUAAUAUACGAUAUUACAAUUUUCAUUAUUUUCGUUUCAUUUAGUCAAUUUCUGUUGAAAAACAGUGUAGACAAUUACAACUUGCUUACAUUAUUAUAAAAGAAUUAAAAAAACCCGAUAGGAACAUUACCAAGAGGGCAAGCACUAUCAAGUGAUUUCCUCCGGAUGUUCUCCUUAAUUAUACUAAGUAGUUUUCGUCAGAUUCCUUCCUCAAAUAUAUAGGCAAAUAUACUUUUUUGUAAAACAACGGUAAUAUAGAAAAAAAUAUUGAAAUGAUAACAUGGGGUCAAUUAGUGCAUAUAAGAGUUUUCCUUUUACAAGGAAAAAAUAUGAAGUCCAAUUGAAUCCAUAUUAAAUCAUGAAGUCAAAUACGCAAGUACAUUUGAAGUUAAACACGUCAAGAUCCUAAGUACAUCAGGCUAUGCCUAAACACGUUUAGCUUUUAAACGUGCCACCAAAAGUGGAACAAAAUUUUGUGGAACUUUUCAUUUAAAUCAGACACUACUUUACAGUGUAUUAUUUAAACUACUUUCAUAUAUAUUUUACAGGAUAAUAUUGCAAGGAAAAGAAAAUUCAAAUAUUAUUCGACUAAUUAAACACAUUUCCCGACCAAGUUGUAUGUGUCCGUCUCAUAAACUUACUUACGUCUUGAAAUUCAAUUAUAAAACAAUUUUCUUUGAGAUAAUAAAGCCGGAGAAACAUCAAUAUUUUCCGGUGGUACGGCGAAUAUCUUCACUGUAUGAAUUUACAACAUUACUGCAUUUUUUAGCGUCAUUCCAUUAAGAUUUACUACUAUUUAACUAUUUAAGUCAAUAAUUAGCCAAAAAAUAUUUCUAACAAAUGUAUAUCUAAAUAUGAUUAAAAGGAGAACCAGAUACAAUUUCAUAAA